UCUUAUGGCUUCAUUUCAAGCCCAAUUUUUUCCUUCCAAGUGACUUCUCCUCUUCUGUGAAACGGUAACAUUAAGAUGAGCAAGAAAGCGAGAGAGCCUGUUCCACUUCUAUUUCCCUUUAUAUGUACUCUCUGCUAAGUCUCAGAAACACAAAGUUCGUUUGGGUUCUUUGUGAUGUGAAGAGAGUCUUUUUGUCUUAAAAAAAUGAUCUUUGAUAUCCUACACUGAAGAGGGCUAAGAGCUUUUCAUGCUCGGUGAUGACAAAGAUUUGAUUUUGAAGAUGGGUUCGUGCUCUUCGGUUGAUAGGGACACAGAUUCUACCAUAAGAUAUCGUCUGGGCGUGAAUCACAAGGGCAGGAGGCUCUUCAUCCCAUCGCCUGCCAAGGAAAAGCCUUUUGAUGGGAAAAAACCAUUUGGUGAAGUUGGUUCUAUGAGCCCGGAAUCUGCAGUUAACAAAGAGGAUAUCUACUUUGACUCAUAUGCAUGGCUAGAUUCAGACUGCGAAGACGACUUCUUCAGUGUCAAAGGAGAAUUUACUCCUUCUCAAGGUAGUACUCCAAUUCAUCAAUCAAGUGCACCAUUGACCCCUCGACCGGUAAAUUCCAUAUACAUCGACAGGAGUCCAGAAACCAGCUCUGAACCUUCUCCAACUGGGAGAAAGAAACUACGAGAACUCUUCCGGGAAACCUUGCUAGUAGAACAGGAAGGAAGUGAGCCAAAUGCUGCUGAAGUAGAGGCUAACAAAAGGAUCAACCUGCACACAACCAACACCGAUCCGCCUCCAAGACAAUUAAAUGGAACACCAUAUCGCUUCAGGGCCAUUUCUUUUUGCAGCAGCACGGUGACAUCAAGUGGAGAUCCUAAGAACAGGAAGGAAAGAUUAUGCAAGUCACAACACUGUUGCUUGCCAAGCUUGCAGAGUUUUGGAUUGGAUGAUAGAAAGCAGAAGAUGACCACCAAGCAUUGCACUGCAUGAAAAAUUUUGUCGAUAACCUGUAGCUGCAACUUGAGCAACCCAAACUUAUAUCUACAAAGAGCCAUUAAGACAGAAGCUCUACAAGAAACUAUGGUGGUGGUUUCUGUGUGAUGUAUGUGCUCUGAACAUGCAAACAUUGAGUAGUUGUGUAAGCUUUGUCAAAAUAUAAUCCUCCAUGAGAGGUAAAUGAAAUUUUCUUCUGAGGUUUGUAUGUA